CUUCUUCUUCGUUGGUACACUUGGCUGCAGAGCGAAGUGUCCUCCAUGGUGUCAUUGUGGGUAUUCGGAGGUUGAAUAUCCACAAUAAGAAAUGCGGGACUACACACCAGACGAGAAGCUCCGUAUCGAUCAGAUAUGGAAACUCCGGAGGCAGUGGCUGAAGGACCAGGAGCUCAGUCCGAGGGAGCCGGUGUUACCAGCUAAACCAGUCAGCGCCCACGAAAGGUUCUGGACUCGUUUUCUGGAGCCGAAGAGCCUGUGGAGGCUUUACACCCACAAGGUGUACAGAGGUGGCAUUUUCACAUUAACACGGGUGUUGAUACCUGCUUGGAUUGGUCACUACUUCGUGAAAUAUCACGCUGCUGCUAAACCCUAUGGUGUGGUGGCAUUGAAACCCAAGCUGUUCCCAGGUGACACCAUUAUGGAGACAGGCGAAGUUCUCCCUGAUCUCCCUGAGACCCACAGCCAUCAUUGAAGUUGAAAAAUUUCAACUAUUUCCUUGAGUUUAUGUUGUAAAAACUGUGUAUAUGCCAUUAAAAUAUUACAGUAAUUUA